UUCACGAGCUUCAGUUCGCUCAGUUUGUAGACACCGUUUGCCGUGGCCAAAAAAGAACGGACGAACACUAUUUUAGUUGAAAUAGCAUUUCCAACUGUAAACGGCAGCGCGAUUAUAGGCAACAAAAAAACAAGGAAAAUAUAAGUGCGGCUGUGUGUGUGUGCGUACGUCACAGACCGCGCGGGUAUGUGUGUGUGCGAUGGGAAAAAUCAGUAAAAUGUUUAUGCAAAUCAUGCGACGAAUGUGCGCCAAUUGCGUAAAAUCGUAAAGUGCAUUUAGUGAAACGAAAUUAUAUAAUUAAGGAGCGCCACAAGGAAAUAAGCGAAAAGUAUUUUUUUGGCAAAUACAAAGAAAGGCAAAGGUUGCAGCUCCAUUUCCUUUUCUUCGCGUGUGUAUGUGUAGGUGUAGGCAAGUGCGGCCGUGUGUUGGUGUCUCGUGGCCAGCUGUCUGUGUAUGUGUGUGCGGCAGUGGGUGGUUGUAUGUGUGCACUGUGGGUGCAACAACGUGAACGCUUCAUCCCGGAAGUGAUUUGUAUAAGGCCGAAAGCCUCUGAAAUUUUACACCCGAGCGGAAAUAGUUGCUAGUAUUUUGUGAUGAAGUCAUGUGGAAAUAGCAGCCACAACAACAACAACAAAAACAACAACCAGAGCAGCAGUAACAAGACCACUACAAUUAUAGGCAAAAGUUAAUUAAAUGCUGCAUCAUUUGCAAGCUGCAAGCAAAAAGGAAUUCUUAACAAUCGCAAUAAAACUUUUGUCGAACAAAAGUAAUUAAAGGACCUCACACCCAUACCAAUACCUCACCGUACGCUAUGGGACAACAAAGUUGGUAGAGGCGAGAAGGUGCGGCCGAGAGGUGGGGCGACUGGGGGCCAGGAGUCCUGUACAUGGCCAAAAGCCAGCUGACGCUGCCAGCCGCAAACAGCUAACAGCCAACACGAAGGAGCCCCGCGGGGACCAAGGACGCAGGACGCAGGACGAAGCGACGAGGAAGCGACGGCCGACAAAAUGCAGAAGGAGAACAAUGUCACGGCGGAGAAUUGCCAAUUUGUGGGGCCCUAUCGCCUGGAGAAAACGCUCGGCAAGGGUCAAACGGGACUCGUCAAGUUGGGCGUGCAUUGUGUGAUUGGCAAGAAGGUUGCGAUUAAAAUAAUCAAUCGCGAGAAACUUAGCGAAUCGGUGCUAAUGAAGGUUGAACGUGAAAUCGCCAUAAUGAAACUAAUCGAUCAUCCGCAUGUCCUUGGCCUGAGCGAUGUGUACGAGAACAAGAAGUAUUUGUAUUUGAUAUUGGAGCAUGUAUCCGGCGGAGAGCUCUUCGACUACCUGGUGAAGAAGGGCCGUCUGACGCCCAAGGAGGCGCGCAAAUUCUUCAGGCAAAUCAUCUCAGCCCUGGAUUUCUGCCACUCACAUUCGAUUUGCCAUCGGGACUUGAAGCCGGAGAACUUGCUGCUGGACGAGAAGAAUAACAUUAAGAUAGCGGACUUUGGGAUGGCUUCGCUGCAGCCAGCUGGCAGUAUGUUGGAGACCUCGUGCGGCAGUCCCCACUACGCGUGUCCGGAGGUCAUACGGGGUGAGAAAUACGAUGGCCGCAAGGCGGAUGUUUGGUCCUGCGGGGUCAUCCUGUACGCCCUUUUGGUGGGUGCGUUGCCCUUCGACGACGACAACUUGCGACAGCUGCUCGAGAAAGUCAAGCGCGGCGUCUUUCACAUACCGCACUUCGUGCCCCCCGACUGCCAAACUCUGCUGCGCGGCAUGAUUGAGGUGAAUCCGGACCGGCGGCUUACGCUGGCCGAAAUCAACCGCCAUCCGUGGGUCACAGCUGGGGGCAAAGGUGAGCUGGAGCUGGAGCUUCCGAUGAUGGAGGUGGUGCAGACACACGUUAUUCCCACAGCCACCGCGGUGGAUCCGGAUGUGCUGAAUGCGAUUUGCUCGCUGGGCUGCUUCAAGGAGAAGGAGAAGCUCAUCCAAGAGCUGCUCAGUGCGAGCCACAAUACGGAGAAGGUCAUUUAUUUCCUGCUGCUGGAGCGCAAGCGAAGGCGACCUGCUCUGGAGGACGAUGAUGAAAUUGCGCAGAAGUCCCGCAGUGAACUCGACGCAGUGGAUCCGCCUCGCAAGCGGUUGGACACCUGCCGCAUCAACGGAACCAAUGCACCCAGCUACGGACAAAUCUCAGAGGGUUCACCGCUCACGCCAAGACGACAGGCCUUCAACUUCCGCUCGUACAGCAGCACACGGAACCACCAACGGCGCUCGCCCACAACAGUUUCCUCGUCGGUGCGGAGCUCCUCAUAUCACAGUCCCACGCGCUGCAACUCCCCAAUGAGUUCCGCGCAGCAGCAGGCGAACGCCAUCUCGCGACCAUCCUCACCGGCGGCGGGAACUCGGCACUCCACGUACGGCGAUCGCGAUCGCUCCGGCCACCACUCCUCGGUGAGCAGGACACCGUCGCACAGCUCGCAGAAGAGCAUCGAGGGCGAUGUGGUGGUGGUGCGAGAGCCGCGGAUCGAGAGGAGGGACUCGUUGCGCCAGGAGCGCAGUGGAGGAUCGCCGAGGGAGCGGGGCGAUUGCGGCAUACCGCCGGGCAGUCCGGGCGGCAAUUCGAGCGGCUCCAGUUCCGCAUCGCCGUCGGUGCACCACCGUGCCAACUCAGGUCCGACCAUUGCCAUUAGUAUGUUCCACGAUCCAGAGUCGAAUAGUGUUGUGAAUCCAAAUGGUUCGCCCAUGAUGAACAACAGCAGUCCGGGAAUGCCUGGAUCACCUUGCAACACACCUGGUGGCCAAUUGUGGAAGACUCGGCUCACCAACAUCAAAAACAGUUUCUUGGGAAGUCCGCGGUUCCAUCGCAGAAAAAUGCAGGUUUCUGCCGAUGAGGUGCACUUGACGCCCGAAUCCUCGCCGGAGUUGACAAAACGCUCCUGGUUUGGUAAUCUCAUAACAACCGAAAAGGACGAAACCUUUACUAUUUUGGUCAAGGGCAAGCCAAUUGCCACGGUCAAGGCGCAUUUGAUACACGCAUUUUUAUCCAUGGCUGAACUAUCGCAUAGUGUGGUGUCGCCCACCUCAUUUCGAGUGGAGUACAAGCGAAAUGGCAAUGGACCCGUCAUGUUCCAGCGCCAUGUCAAAUUUCAGGUUGACAUCAGUGCCAUUUGCAAACAAGGUGACAUAGCGGAUAUGUUGUUUGCAUUAACAUUUACGCUGCUAUCAGGUAACAUUCGGCGUUUUCGACGCAUUUGCGAGCACAUCCAAUCGCAGGUGUGUUCCAAGCGAUUCCCGGGACCCAGUAGUCCGCCCACGGUGACCAGCGUAACCCAGGCUGUUUCCGAGAGCUCCUCCUGCGGAUCGGUGUCCAGUGAGAGGUUGUCCUACAAGCGACAGGUGAUCGAAAACGACAUGGAGAACGACUCCAUAUUCUCGUACAAGUCGGGCAAUGGACGUAGAGCCUCGACCACCAACAAUAACAAUGCCAAUCCAGUGGACAUUCCCGGCAGUCCCAUUGCAGUGCGAUCCAACUCUGAGACCGCUGAACACGAACGCAACCGCGAACUGCAGAGUGAGCGCCAGGCGACAACGAUGUCCGGUAGUGCAAUCGCAUGAGAAUUAUUUCUCUGAUUUAGUUACAUUUUUCUAAAGGUCAUUUGUUUCGAUAUGGCACUAGUCAACACAAAACGCAACCAAAUAUUGUACUCCAACUAGAUAACGAAUCAGCCACUCAAACAGUAUUUUUUCUAGAAUACCAUCAGCCAGAGAUCUUCAAACUAAGUAACACUUCUCACACACGAAAAACAAAUCCGAAUAAUAUACCAAAGCAAUAAUAGUGGAAUUUAUAUGAACUAGCAUUAAUAACGAAUCUGAACUUUUGAAAGCCGAACGAUUGAACAGAACUUUGCUAGCUGCUCCAGCUUUUAUUAAACUUCAUUUUCUAGUUAUUGUUGAUUUUUUGAGUGACUUUUUGAAUAUGUUCUUUUGAGGGACAUUGUUGCCGCCGCGCCUAAAAAGCUUGCAAAUAAAAACACCGUGUAAAAAUAUACAAAAAAAUGGAAUCAAGUUAGCACUAGCAUAAGUCGAACCAGUUAUUCUAGUCAUUUUCUUUACCUAGAUUAGGCCUCAGAUUUAGCUACGAAAACGAGGAAUGCUACUCAAGAAAAUUCGCUGACGAUUUGUAUAGAGUGUAUAAAGAAUAUUACGCAAAUGCACUGAUCUUAAACUACUAACAAAAUUAAAGAAAAGAAAAACAAAAUAACUUUUGCAUUACUUAGCGUUGCUGUUUUUCUAACAAACCAAAUCGAUAUAACUAUUUUGCUAGCCACUAAAGAAAAUCGAAGAAACAGGACGGGAAGGGCAAACUAUUUUUCCUAAAUAACAAAAUACUAAACAAAUCGCGCCAACUUUCGAACUUCAGAGAUGCAUACAUGACGAUCAAAAGAGUGUUGUGCGGUAGAUAAACUCAGCAGAUAUUGACAAAGAAUAUAGGAGACGAUUAGAAACAUGUAUAAUGUACAUAAGACACCGAAUAACGAAUAACUAAAAACGGCACAGCACAUGGCUAAUAAGGCAUAUACAGCACAUUAAAGUAACGACAUUAAAUACCAGAAACAAGAUAUAUUUUGCAUGGGCCUAAAAUAAAGCUUUCUUAACCAGUACUUGUAUAAAUCAAUUGGGACGAAAUAUUUAUCUAUGUAUAGAAUGGAUCAGGGAUUGAACAAAUUGCUGGGUUGCAUCAGUGACAAAAAAAUAAUACCUAGGAGAGAAAUUCGAUUGGAGUUUGUAUAUUUUUAUUGGAAAACAAGUAGAGCAAACAAGCUGUCCAAGAAUGCACAAAUGCUAUUAUGAUCUACUCAACUCUUCUCUCAGUGUAAGGAGCGUUUCGCAUGGCAACCCCACAAACAAUCACAUGAAUCCUUCCCUACCCUACUUUUGAGUGGUUCUCAUAGUUUAUAGAUUACUUUCUAACACCCAUGCCAAUCAAUCAGAGUUCUUUUUAUAACACAUACGAUAAUUUGAAACUAAAAGACUUAAGAAAACGACAUAAAGCUAAUGAAAUCCAAACAAAAAACCGUCCAUUUAUCCACUUAAAGCUAACAACAAUGUAGAGGCACCUCAGCAAUUUGUGAAAUCUACUGGAUACGAGUGUAAAGUGAAAGCUGAAUAACGACGUAUGUAACUUGUAAAAGGAUAUAAAUCUAUACUGAAACUGUGUAUGACAGCAAUAUCAAAAUAGUCAGCUGAGAGAUAAGAGGCGAUACUAAAACGUGAUUAGAACAAAUAUUAAAGGACAAAUUAUGGCAAGUUAAUAAAUGCUUAAUGAUAAACCGAAGUAGGGUCGCGAAAAGUAAAUAAAUAUUUAAAAUACCUAUUUAAAAAGUAUUGAAUCAGUACUUAAAAAAAAUCACACGAGACGAACUCAAACAAAAAUCAUGCAAUAAUAUUGAAAUGAAAUUACUUUCUAGCAUUAACUACAAUACAUCAAAUUAUUUAAAGCUCAUCAUAUGGAAAAUACUCAAGAAGAAAACGCAUUUAAGCUGAACAUACAUUCAAAAUUAAGCUCACCGAUUUGAAGAGAUGGCAUUACAUAUAUUUAUACAUGCAUAUAUCAUAUACACCUCGAUCAUAUUGUAUUCUGUAUUUACUUUCAUAUACAAGAACAAAGUCCUCCCAGCAUACCCAACAUAUACGACGUAUACAUCUAUAUGCCUCACCUGCAUUCGUACAUCCAUAUAUAUUUACAUACAAUCGCAUUUAAUACGAGUUACAUUUCAUCACCCAAAUUGUAUCAUAAGAAAUGUAAAGAUCAUAUUUUUCACUUGAUACUAAAACCUAACAAUACUAAGCCUAAGCAUAACCAAGAAGCUCUGCAUACUAAAACCCAAUCGCAGCUGCGAAAAAAAGAAGUAAAACGAUAAUUGCUUUAUAAGGACUACCAAUCCAAAGGAAACACAAUGAAAAAAUGAACAUAAUACUCAAUGCUGCAUUAUGCCACGCCUACCUUUUUACCUUAACUGAAGCCUAUACUAGAUGAUCAACCAAUCUUUCGCGCUCUUCUCAAAAACAUAAUCACCACCAAACCCAACUAACUCAUUUUAACUGCUUCACAUUCAGCAUGAGCAGCGAAUAUUUGCGCCGAGAUAAUUUUAUAUGCAACGUAUACAUAUUUCUAUCUAUAGUAUAUAUAUACACCCCUAUAUAUAUACAAGCAUUAUACACCAGAGCAAGCGCUUUACUUCAGAUGCAAAUGCUGUGCAAUGGAGAAAUGUUUAUUACUCAUUACGAAAUAAACGAUUCGCAUACUUAUUAAAAUACAUUUAGAGGGUAAUGUUGUGUAUUGUACUACGCUUUUUACGUUGUUGUUUUGUUUCCCCCUGCGUUUCAACAUAUUAUUGUAAUAUUGUAAUUAGUUUUGCAAGUGAUUACGGCUAAGUUAAAUACGGCAUUGUGCGCUUUGUUUUGUAUCUUCGGAUAUAAGUUGAAUGAUUGUAUUUUGUAAUUUAAUUUUAAGCUUGAAGAAUCGCGUCUGAGGGUGAGUCGAAAACCAGGCCGAGAUCGAACCAUAAAAGAGAUAAAUAUUAAAACCGACACGUGUAAGAGGAACAACAAAACCAAAAAAAAAAAAGGAAUACAAAACAAAACAAACAAAGUGGCAUCUGUUAUUAGGUUAAAAGAAUUAUUGAUAUUGUUUGCAAGAAAAUGUGUGAAAUAUAUAUAAAUAUAAAUAAAUAAAAUAACAUUUAGCAUAAAAACAAACAGUGAACAGACAAGCAAACAACCACAAAUUGUAAUUGCAAUUUAAAAAUAAAAUUAAUAUUUCAAAUAA